AUGGCAAGGAUGGCUCGAGAGACGGGGCGGGAGGAGCUCCUGCAUGGCAUACUGGAAGGGGCGGCGGGCGCGGAGGUGACGGUGAUGGCACAUGAGGAGACGGGGCGACUGGGCGCGGAGGGAUUUUGGGCAAAGCAGGUGACCUUCAGGAUGAAGCUCAGAGCAGGCAUUUUGCCCGUGGCCAUGCUCGCCAUUGCCGUGCUCUCCUCCCCAGCAUUCGCGCAGAAGACGAAGAGCCCCCCUGCUCCGCCGGCGGCCGUCCUCCCGCCGUCCCCAGCGCCGGCGCCGGCGCCGCGCCACGUGGACCUCGCGGACCUCCUGAGCGUGGCCGGCCCGUUCCACACCUUCCUGGACUACCUCCAGAAGACCAACGUCCUGGAGACCUUUCAGAGCAAGGCGAACGACACCAAGGAGGGGAUCACCAUGUUCGUGCCCAAGGACUCGGCGUUCGCGGCGCUGAGGACGACGACGUUCGCCAACCUCACCAGCGACCAGCUCAAGUCGCUGAUGCUGUACCACGCGCUGCCCAAGUACUACUCGCUGGCUGAGUUCAACAAGCUGAGCAGCCUCAACCCGGUGGCCACCUUCGCGGGGUCGCAGUACACGCUCAACCUCACCGACAACAUGGGCAGCAUCCGGAUCAAGUCCAUGUGGUCCAACCCCAAGAUCAGCAGCAGCGUCUACUCCACCCGCCCGGUCGCCGUCUACGAGGUCGACAAGGUGCUGCUGCCGAUGCAGAUCUUCAAGAGCGACCCGCCGCUGGCCCCGGCGCCCGCGCCCGCCCCCGCCGACGCCAAGUCCUCUGAUGACGCGCCUAGCCCGGCGUCGGGGAAGUCGGCGAGCGCGAAGGCCAAGGCGGGGUCCAAGAGCGCGUCGCACCGCGCCGGCGUCAGUGUGGCCAGUUACCUGGCGGUGGCUGUCUCCGGUGGCCUGAUGAUGCUUUUGUGA